UUUUCGUUUUUUUUUGUGAAUGAGUAUCGAAAGUUGAACAAGCACAGAGCAGCACGUUCCUUUAUCUUAAUUUUCCUUAGUUUUUUUAUUAUAACAAAAAAAAUUCAUAAAACUAAUUUAAGACAAACAAAAGUACACACAUAUAAAUAGUAAAGUGAUAAACUCGGUAUUGCAGUUGAAAGAUAAUUGAAAAAACGCAAACAUGUUGAGUGAAAUUGCGAAGAACAGCAAAUUGGAAAAGGUAAUUAUCAGCACGGGCAACAUACUAAAUGUGGACAGUGCUACACCCUUGCGAAAAUCCAAUGAAGAACUAUUGGAUUCAUUGAAACUAUGUACAGAAUGUCAAAAGGCGGCUGAAACACAAAACACCAACGAGCAGGCAGCGGCGCCAGGUGGUUGUGGCGAGACACAAGUGGUAUGUCAUGAAACUGAAGCUCAAGUACUAAGAGCCAAUCUAGAGCUGCAAGAGAGAAUCAAAGAAUAUGCUCGCAAUGAAAUAAGUAUUGGUGUGAAAUUGUUUCUGAACAAAUCUUCUAAGCAGGGUGUAGAGGAGGCUGUCAAUGCUUUAAUGCAUAUUUUGCAAGUGGAACAUGUAGACAACUUGGUGCUGGCCUAUCAUCCAUUGGAAACGGCUUCUAAGGUUUUGCCCGAAACUCCGGAUGUGACCAGUGCAGUUUCGUAUACGGGUGACUUAAAGUGGAGCAAACGCAAUGAGAAAAGUUUGGACGUACUUAAGGAGUUGUGGCAAGUCUUAGAAGAAUUCAACGAAAAGAAACAAAUUUGCCAACUGGGCAUUGCCGAUUUGGACUGUGAUGCUUUGACAGAGCUGCAUAAAAAUGCUAGAGUGCCUCCUACUAUUAAUCAAAUAAAUUUAGCUAAUUGUUGUGUGGUGCCACCAGAGCUUAAGGAAUUCUGUACUCAACAUGACAUACAACUGCUGACUCAUGGUGAUCCAGAGAUUCUUAUUAACGACGAGAAUUUCAUCAUACCACAUUACACGGUAGAUUGGUCAUUGCGCUAUCAAAUUCAUGUACGCUGUCGUGGUGUACUCACUGCCAAGGGUUACAUUCUGCAGGCCUCGAAAAUGCCUAAAGAUUCCACAGCAAGAGAGUGAAUUGCUCUCUGCUAGUGAACGGGACAAAAUAAUAUCUUUUGGGUUUUCUUCUUUUUUUAUUGAAAUAAAAAAUAUUUACAAAUAGUUCAAAACUUUUAAAUCAAAAUUAAACAAACAAAAUGAAAAACUGUCUAUGUUGCAUUUUUAUGGAAAAACAAAACGUAAACAAUUUGUGAACAUUUUUAAGAGAUUUGUCAUCGGAA